AACGAGAGAGAGAGGCAUGCUUGUUGAAAUGCGCAGCGCAUACUUCAUGAUCGAGCGACGUGACCACACGCAGUUAACCGCAGGGCAGUGGAAUGGCAUGAUUAAAUAACAGUCAUAAUUCCCCGAACCGAGAUUCGAGUCACAGACGGAGUCAGAUCUGCGUUGAACACACUAUUUUCCAAUUAUCUUCAAUUCUCUAACUUUGCCCCUCUCUCUUGCAACGUGAAUACCCUCAUAAAUGGUGUCGAGUGAGGAGAACCUGCUUAACUGUACUCACAAGUUCCCUGGCCGUCCGUCUGCGCCCUGAGGGAGUUGCUUUGCACCACGAAAGCGCGCGGUGUUGCGGUUCUCCUCCUCUCCCCUCCAACACUAAAAAACAAGGAGAUUUAACUCAAGUCGUGCUGUUGUUUUAUGGAUAUCACCGCUGAGAUGAUCCCAAGGUGAGGCCAGAAGGCUGACCAGCAUCCUUGUCUGUCUGUGCAUCCUCAAGAGCUCACCUCCACAUCUGAUUGGACAAUUGGAGCCCCUGAGGAAAACAAAAUGUCUGCCACUAUGAGCGCCCCCCUCCUGGCCCUCCUCCUCCUCCUGCUGCCCUUGGUGUCUAGUCUCCACUACUCUGACUGUGUCAUCAAGAGAGAACACGAGAAAUGUAUGGAGAGGAUGGCAGAGGAUGACCCAGAAAACGACCUAGAGUUUAGGUGCCCAUGGUUGUGGGAUAACCUGACGUGUUGGCAGCCUGCCCGGGUGGGAGAGGUGGUCGUGGUCAGCUGUCCAGAGCUCUUCAUCCAGUUCAUGAGCGAGGAGGACGAUGAGCUAGGGAAGGUGAGUCGUAACUGUACGGAGGACGGCUGGUCUGAGACCUUCCCUCACUAUGUGGAUGCCUGCAUGUUCGACGAACCCAACGGAACCCACGAGCAUCCGGACAUGUACUACGUGUCGGUGAAGGCUCUGUACACGGUGGGGUACAGCACCUCUCUGGUUUCUCUCUGUACAGCCAUGGUCAUCCUUUGCAGGUUCAGGAAGCUGCAUUGCACCAGGAACUUCAUCCACAUGAACCUGUUUGUGUCAUUCAUUCUGAGAGCCAUCUCUGUCUUCAUCAAGGACGGGGUUCUGUACGCAGAGGAGGACAGCAACCACUGCUUCUUACACACUGUGGAGUGUAAGGUGGUGAUGGUGUUCUUCCACUACUGUGUCCUAUCUAACUACUUCUGGCUGUUCAUUGAGGGCCUGUACCUCUUCACUCUGCUAGUAGAGACAUUCUUCCCUGAGAGAAGAUACUUCUACUGGUAUACCAUCAUUGGCUGGGGGACCCCCACUAUAUGUGUGGUGAUAUGGGCAGUACUCAGGCUGCACUUUGAUGACAUAGGGUGUUGGGAUAUGAAUGAUAAUGCUGGUAUCUGGUGGGUGAUUAAGGGACCUGUGCUGGCCUCUAUCAUGAUCAACUUUGUCCUCUUCAUCGGCAUCAUAAUCAUCCUUGUCCAGAAACUGCAGUCUCCAGACAUCGGUGGGAACGAAUCCAGUAUUUACCUGCGUCUGGCACGUUCCACCCUGCUCUUGAUCCCUCUGUUUGGGAUCCACUACACUGUGUUUGCCUUCUCACCCGAAGACGUCAGCAAGAGGGAGAGGCUGGUGUUUGAGCUAGGCUUAGGCUCCUUCCAGGGCUUCGUUGUGGCUGUUCUCUACUGUUUUCUGAAUGGAGAGUAUCUCCCUGAAGGUGCAGUCAGAGAUCAAGAGGAAAUGGCGCAGCUGGACGGUGAACAGGUACUUUGCUGUGGACCUGAAGCACCGGCACCCUUCGUUGGCCAGCAGUGGGGUGAACGGGGGAACGCAGCUCUCCAUCCUCAGCAAGAGCAGCUCUCAGAUCCGCAUGUCCAGCCUACAGGCCGAGUCGCCAGCCACCUAAGCCACCUGAACUUCAACGGUGAAGCCCAGGGCCAGAGCCAGGGAGAGACCACCACUACUACUACUACUACUACUACUACUACUACUGCUACUACUACUUCUAUCACCCCUACACCAAGACCCAUCAGCCACUUCCACACUGGACCUGAUACUAUGACCAACCUCACCCCUGCACCCAACCUCACCCCUACACCCAACCUCACCCCUAUACCCACACCCAACCACAGACCACUACCAGUGACCAGCCUCACCAACCCAUACCCUUUCCCCAACCCAUAUCCAGACACUACCAACCCAUACCCAGAGACAACCAACCCGUACCCUGACACAACCCUGAUCCUGGACUCUGGAGAACGCAUCCCGGACCCUCCUAACUGCACUGCACCCAAAAGCCCAACAGAGCCCUUCAUAUAACAAACUGGAUCAACAACUCAACCUUAAUAAAGCCAUGGCGAAUCAAUCACACCCAAACUAACCCAACCCCAAGCCCUAUUCAAACUAACCUACCCAAUCCAAUCCAAACUAACCAAACCCCUAGCCCUAUUCAAACUAACCCAACCUCUAGCCCUAUUCAAACUAACCCAACCCCUAGCCCUAUCCAACUAACCAACCCAAUACAAUCCAAACUAACCCAACCCCAAGCCCUAUUCAAACUAACCUACCCAAUCCAAUCCAAACUAACCAAACCCCUAGCCCUAUUCAAACUAACCCAACCUCUAGCCCUAUUCAAACUAACCCAACCCCUAGCCCUAUCCAACUAACCAACCCAAUACAAUCCAAACUAACCCAACCCCAAGCCCUAUUCAAACUAACCUACCCAAUCCAAUCCAAACUAACCCAACCCCUAGCCCUAUUCAAACUAACCCAACCCCUAGCCCUAUUCAAACUAACCCAACCCCUAGCCCUAUCCAACUAACCAACCCAAUACAAUCCAAACGAACCCAACCCCAAACCCUAUUCAAACUAACCUCCCCAAUACAAUCCAAACUAACCCAACCCCUAGCCCUAUCCAAACUAACCCAACCCCUAACCCUAUUCAAAUGAACCAACCCAAUACAAUCCAAACUAACCCAACCCCUAACCCUAUUCAAACGAGCCAACUCAAUCCAAUCCAAACUAGCCCAACCCAUAGCCCUAUCCAAACUAAUCCAACCCCUAGCCCUAGCCAAACGAACCAACCCAAUACAAUCCAAACUAACCCAACCCCUUGCCCUAUCCAAACUAAUCCAACCCCGAGCCCUAUCUAAACGAACUCAACCCUUAACCCUAACCAAACUAACCAACCCAAUACAAUCCAAACUAACCCAAUCCCUAGCCCUAUCCAAACCAACCCAACCCAACCCCUAGCCCUAUCCAAACCAAUCAACCCAAUACAAAUCCAAACUAACCCAAGCUCUAGCCCUAUCCAAACUCACCCAACCCAAUACAGUUCAAACUAACCCAACCCAAGCCCUAUCCAAACUAACCCAACCCCUAGCCCUAUUCAAACUAACCCAACCCCUAGCCCUAUCCAAACUAACCUACCCAAUACAAUCCAAACUAACCCAACCCCAAGCCCUAUUCAAACUAACCUACCCAAUACCAUCCAAACUAACCCAACCCCUAGCCCUAUCCAAACUAACCCAAUCCCUAACCCUAUUCAAACGAACCAAACCAAUACAAUCCAAACUAGCCCAACCCCUAACCCUAUUCAAAUGAGCCAACCCAAUCCAAUCCAAACUAACCCAACCCCUUGCCCUAUUCAAACUAACCAACCCAAUACAAUCCAAACUAACCCAACCCCUAGCCCUAUCCAAACUAACCAAACCCCUAGUCCUAUCCAAACUAACCAAACCCCUAGCCCUAUCCAAACUAACCCAACCCCUAACCCUAUCCAAACCAACCCAACCCCUAACCCUAUCCAAACCAACCAACCCAAUACAAUCCAAACUAAACCAAGCCCUAGCCUUAUCCAAACUAACCCAACCCAAUACAAUUCAAACUAACCCAACCAAAGCCCUAUUCAAACUAACCUACCCAAUACAAUCCAAACUAACCCAACCCCUAGCCCUAUCCAAACUAACCCAACCCCUAACCCUAUUCAAACGAACCAACCCAAUACAAUCCAAACUAGCCCAACCCCUAACCCUAUUGAAAUAAGCCAACCCAAUACAAUCCAAACUAACCCAACCCCUUGCCCUAUUCAAACUAACCAACCCAAUACAAUCCAAACUAACCCAACCCCUAGCCCUAUCCAAACUAACCAAACCCCUAGCCCUAUCCAAACUAACCCAACCCCUAACCCUAUCCAAACCAACCCAACCCCUAACCCUAUCCAAACCAACCAACCCAAUACCAUCCAAACUAAACCAAGCUAGCCCUAUCCAAACCAACCCAACCCAACCCCUAGCCCUAUCCAAACCAAUCAACCCAAUACAAAUCCAAACUAACCCAAGCUCUAGCCCUAUCCAAACUAACCCAACCCAAUACAGUUCAAACUAAGCCAACCCAAGCCCUAUCCAAACUAACCCAACCCCUAGCCCUAUUCAAACUAACCCAACCCCUAGCCCUAUCCAAACUAACCUACCCAAUACAAUCCAAACUAACCCAACCCCAAGCCCUAUUCAAACUAACCUACCCAAUACCAUCCACACUAACCCAACCCCUAGCCCUAUCUAAACUAAUCCAAUCCCUAACCCUAUUCAAACGAACCAAACCAAUACAAUCCAAACUAGCCCAACCCCUAACCCUAUCCAAACCAACCAACCCAAUACCAUCCAAACUAAACCAAGCCCUAGCCCUAUCCAAACCAACCCAACCCAACCCCUAGCCCUAUCCAAACCAAUCAACCCAAUACAAAUCCAAACUAACCCAAGCUCUAGCCCUAUCCAAACUAACCCAACCCAAUACAGUUCAAACUAACCCAACCCAAGCCCUAUCCAAACUAACCCAACCCCUAGCCCUAUUCAAACUAACCCAACCCCUAGCCCUAUCCAAACUAACCUACCCAAUACAAUCCAAACUAACCCAACCCCAAGCCCUAUUCAAACUAACCUACCCAAUACCAUCCACACUAACCCAACCCCUAGCCCUAUCUAAACUAACCCAAUCCCUAACCCUAUUCAAACGAACCAAACCAAUACAAUCCAAACUAGCCCAACCCCUAACCCUAUUCAAAUGAGCCAACCCAAUCCAAUCCAAACUAACCCAACCCCUUGCCCUAUUCAAACUAACCAACCCAAUACAAUCCAAACUAACCCAACCCCUAGCCCUAUCCAAACUAACCAAACCCCUAGUCCUAUCCAAACUAACCAAACCCCUAGCCCUAUCCAAACUAACCCAACCCCUAACCCUAUCCAAACCAACCCAACCCCUAACCCUAUCCAAACCAACCAACCCAAUACAAUCCAAACUAAACCAAGCCCUAGCCUUAUCCAAACUAACCCAACCCAAUACAAUUCAAACUAACCCAACCAAAGCCCUAUUCAAACUAACCUACCCAAUACAAUCCAAACUAACCCAACCCCUAGCCCUAUCCAAACUAACCCAACCCCUAACCCUAUUCAAACGAACCAACCCAAUACAAUCCAAACUAGCCCAACCCCUAACCCUAUUGAAAUGAGCCAACCCAAUACAAUCCAAACUAACCCAACCCCUUGCCCUAUUCAAACUAACCAACCCAAUACAAUCCAAACUAACCCAACCCCUAGCCCUAUCCAAACUAACCAAACCCCUAGCCCUAUCCAAACUAACCCAACCCCUAACCCUAUCCAAACCAACCCCUAACCCUAUCCAAACCAACCAACCCAAUACCAUUCAAACUAAACCAAGCCCUAGCCUUAUCCAAACUAACCCAACCCAAUACAAUUCAAACUAACCCAACCCAAUGCAAUCCAAACUAACCCAACUCCUAGCCCUAUCCAAAACAACCAACCCAUUAGAAUCCAAACUAACCCAAUCCCUAAAACUAGUCCUGUUUAUGCCAACCCUGUAACUACCUAAUUAUCCUUUUUUUGUCUGUAUAUGAAGGUAUUUUCUGACUUUAUUGAACAGGGAAAGGAUGCUAGUGGUGAAAGAUAUAGGUUGAGUGGGCCUGAUUCAAACCCAUGCCAACAACCAAUCCAACCCAUCCAUAUCCAACCAAACCCAACACCUAGUCCUAUUCCUAACCAAACCCCAACCCACCACUAUCCAAACUAACCCAACACCUAGUCCUUAGCAAUCCAACUCAUCCAUACCCAAACUAACCCAACACCUAGUCCUAUUCCUAACCAAACCCCAACCCACCACUAUCCAAACUAACCCAACACCUAGUCCUUAGCAAUCCAACUCAUCCAUACCCAAACUAACCCAACACUUAGUCCUUAGCAAUCCAACUCAUCCAUACCUAAACUAACCUGACUCCUAUUUCUAUCCAAACCAGCCUAUCACUAUGUAAACUAACCCAGCCAACCCUGACUUAACCUACCCCAACAUUAAAACCCAACUCUACCAGACAGGAACAGAAAACCUAACACCUCACCAGCAGCACCUGUUCACGAGCAGUUGUAGGUGAAUCCACCUUUAAACUGUUACAACUACAGUGUCUCCAUCAUGGAGCAAACCACCAUCAGUGGUAGUGGCCUAGCAGUGAAUGUCAAUCACCAUUCAGAAACCAUCAGACAAGGAUCUUUACAAGGAAGGCAGAAGGCUAUGAAGGAAAAGCAUGGUUAAUGGUCUGUACAUAUCAUCAUGGUGUUAUGUCAAAAAGCUUCCCCCCGUUAGGUGUAUCAUGUAGAGCAGAAGAGGUGGACCACUUCAGUGCUGCUGAAUCAUCCAUGUAAUACCACUGGUCAUUGCAAUCAUAUCAUCAUGUCCGAAGAAUGACAAUAAGUAUUUAACAACUCCUCCUCCUCUCUUUCCUCAGUCUGUCUUUCAGCUUGUUGCAGACUCAAGUUAAGACUGUUUUGUUGUUCUGGGUAUAGUUGUUGUUAUGGCAACUCACUUACGGAGCAGUAACAAAACCAUAAAGCCUCAAUCAGAGUCCAAAAUGUGCAUGUGUACGCACAGCAGUGUUCUAGAAUAUUGGACCGUUGGCUUUCAUACUUUUUGAAUUCUCAGCAGAGCACGUUGGUUGGGAAUUUUGGCAAGGUGCUGUGCGUCCCCAGCGAAUUGUGGUCUCAGAGCCACGUAGCUACAGUAUGUCACAAUGGGAUGCCGGACUAUCACGUCACUAAGUCUGUGGCCGGACUAUCGUGUCAAUGAGUCUGUUUGACUCUGAAUUAAGCUUUACACGUCCUGUACAGGAGAGGCAACCAACCGGCCAAUCAAGACAGACUGACCUAAUGUAAAUAUUUAUCAGCUGACCAAUCAGGUUGCAAGUGUGAGCCUGUUUGUAGAGGGCAUAGAUUUAGAUAGACAUUGCAUCUUUGUAUCUGUCCCACUAUGGCAUCUGUGAGAGAAAAGGCAACACCAUUGAGACCAUGUCCAGUUUGAAGUAGUCACUUUAUUAUUUUACUACUUCUAAGAGUUGGUAAACAAACUGAAAGGGUGCAUACUGUGAUCUGGACUAUUAUUUUAACAGGUAUAAAUGUUGCCGAUUUACUGCCACCUGCAGUUAUGGAAUGUUUGCUCACAAGAAUAAUUAAUUGGCUGAUCCCUCCUGAUGACCUGGAUAGAAUUAUGUGAUCCUUUCUUAACCCAUUGGAAGUUCCACCCAGUUGACUACUUAAAAAUGGUGAAAGUCCCAAAUGGCACUUCCCAUGCUAAAAAAGGCUUUUGGGCACUAGUGUUGUCUAUCUAAGUCUAUGGUAGAGGGAGAAUCAUGUGAGGUUACUGUAAAAUAAUGAACAGUGAAAGGACACAAAAUGGAGGCUAACACACUGCAUCAUGGGAUACUAUUCAGGCCUGGAGACUCAAGCCAGGAUCAAGGCAAAAUAAAUAAUUACUGGACCAACAGUAGAAACAAUGUCUCUUAAAAUAUGAAGAUAAGAGUCAACCACGACCAGAAGUAGAGCAUCAUAGUGCUUUGUAUGACCGUAUAUGACGUCAACAGCUAUGUGUCAGCCAAUGGCACAGGCCACCUUUUCCUGUGUAAGCUGUGAUUGGUGGAGUGACAGGAAGAUGAUGAUGUCACUUCCUCCUUGCUAUAUGUACCACUGUUACUAGAGAUUGAGGAAUUCUUCCCACUGGGCACACACUGGUUGAAUCAAUGCUGUUUCCAUGUAAUUUCAAUUAAAUUAUGUUGAACCAAAGUGGAAUAGAUGUUGAAUUGACGUCUGUGCCCAGUGGGAUUCUUCUGAGGAAGACAGAUGACAUGGGUAAAACCAGUAUUUAUGUGAAAGGUAUAUUUUCUACAGUUCAAUUACGAGGAAUGAAAUGCCAAAAAUAAAACAUGCGUUAAGGUAAGAUGGUCAUCUAUUUUAGAAGUUAUUUUAGAAGGAUGAACAAUGCUAAGGUUUGCCAACUACGACCAUUACACACCAAACCUCUUUAAAUCUUAGCAUUGCUUAUGAUGAGAAGAUGCCUUGGUUCAUUUCGGGAGAGGAUUGAUAGUGCCACUAGUUUUAAACAGCCGGUAGUACAGAAAAUGUCAACGACAACUUACUCAUGAAUGGGUAUCAUGAGUUCAAUGUAUAAUUGUGUUACAAUGUCUGCAUGAAUUGUAUUUUUCUUUCUUCUUUUGAAUCUGUUUACAAUAGUUUUGUGAGAUUAUUACUGUACCUGACGCUGAAAAGGCAAUGCAGUCCAAUCUAGAUUUUACUUCGUUUCUUCAGCAGUCUCUCAGCUAGCUUCAAUAUGUAUAUUUAAGAAAAUAGAUAACUUAGACCGACAGAAAGUAUUUUACCACAUUGAGUUUUGAUAAACACCUUCCUGAAUUGUGUUUUUAAAAAAGUAUUAUUUUGGGGUAUUUCUCUCAUUCCAAAGAUGAACAAUAGACUCCACACUGAGUUUGCACGGCCGUAUACAUUUGCAAAGGCUGAGUAAAAGCUUUGCAACUGAUGUCACUAAAGAUUUGAUCCUUUGGUCUGAUUUAACUAUUAUUAUUAUAUAUUCUAAUCCCAUGUUAAUCCUAAUCCCAUGUUAAUCUCUCCUAGUAUACUUUAGUCUCCAAAGUGCCUUUAUGCACAAAACGGCAAGUAUUUCUGUUAAUCUGAGAGAUUUUUUUUAGACAUUAUUUUUUAAACGAAACUGCAAAGUAUGUAAAAACAUGUGGUCAACAAAAGUGCUUUUAUGAUGUUACACUGAAUCAGUAUUUUAUUAACCUGGAGGCCUUUGAAGUAUCUAGAGCUCAUUUCUGGUUUAAGAUGGGCGUAACCUAUGAACUUUAACCUACGACCUAUAACCUAUGACCGAUUACCUUUUGAAAUAAGCCACUUUUAUUUUGAGUAAAUAUCUACUAUGGUCUAUCUAUAUCAUAUACACAAUAAUAGGUAUGAUUGAUUGACUCUGUUCUAUUUUGCAGCAUUCAGUCCUUUAUACUCAUAAUAUUUUUUGUAUAUCAAAAUAAUGGGACACUGGUUGAUUUAAUUAAGUGACUGUGCACCGUUUGUGACUGCAGGCAAAUGCUGUGCUUUUUAACUGGAGAGAAAGACAAAUAUAUAUAUAUAUAUAUAUAUAUAUAUAUAUAACAAAAAGGCAAUUAUUUGUCUUUAUUUGUACUGUACGUGACCAAACCAAAUUGAGAAUAUAUAUAUAUAUUCUCAAUUUGGUUUGGUCACGUACAGUACGAAUAAUUGCCUUUAUUCUCAAACUGAAACGGGGAAAAAAAAGUUUUGUCAUAUUAUUUUAUUUAUUUGUCGAUGUAUACUAUAAACUAUAGAUAAUGCAACAAUGCAUAUCUGUAAACAGUGUGUUAGCGUGUCAAACGUUUGAUGAACAGUUGAUGACUCCACAACUCCCCAGCCCAACUGAAAAAGCACAGCUCUUUAACAGUAUUAUCUGAUCAGAAACACAAAACUUCCUGUUAGGAAUAGUUUCCCAUUGUUCAUUAAAGAAGCAUGACAAGGAGGGCUUAAGAAGAAUGACAAGGAGGGCAGACAGAAAGCAGUAAUGUGCUGUGUUUUUCUUAAGUCUGGACCUGUCUUUAGCACUCCUACUCUUGAGACGCUUUACACUGGCCUUUAAUAUGGGUCCAUCCAUGCGUGUGCGAAUACAGAUGGCCAAAAGGUGUCCCUGUUUCACUGUGAAACAGGUUGGACAAUCAGAAAAAGAUGAUCUGCUUUUGGUUUCCACACCAAGUUGAAUGUUUAGCAGGAGUUCCUUAUUAAAACCAUAAUGACAGUCUCAGCAUGUCAUGAGCCAAUUUUAAGAGUAUGAAUACAUUUUCAAGACUAUUUAUGUUAUGAAAUAUACAUAGCCUUAUAUCGCCGGUCAAUGUGAUGUCAAUUAGAGAUGUAAUCAUUCUAAGAAUACAGUAUAUGGUUUAUUAAAUCUGUUGUUAUAAUGAAUAAUGAAGUAGUUAUCUACAUACAUGUACAGUAGUUUAGAUGUGUCCCAUUUGCACCCUUUUCUCUAAUCCUUGUAUAGUGUACUACUUUUGACCAGGACCCAUAGGGAAAGGUUAUGCACUAAAUAGGGAAUUGGGUGCCAUUUGGGAUGGAGACUGUGUUUUACAAAUAUGUGUAGUCUACCAUUGUGGCUUAUAAAUGGUCAAACUGAAUUCUGCCGUUUCAUUGUGUAAGACAGUAUCUUGUAGAUGGAGUCGUCCGUGGUGCAAAGUGCAUAUUAGCAGUCAUUAGAAUUUUGCUCCGUGGUUGUUAUCAUUUUAGUAUUAUUUUUGGUGAUAGUGAUUGUUCAAAUAUGAAGCAUAUUGUAUUGCUGCCUAUAAUCUAUUGUAGACUGAUGCAUGCAUCUCCUGAUGGUUUGAUCCCUUUCACCAAGCUGUGUUGAUUAUUCUGCAGAUGAAAUCUUACUGGGAGAUGAUGGAACCUUUUAUAGACAUGUUUUUAACAGUUCACAGAAUCCUGAGGGAAUUCUAAGUGUGACAUUCGUUUUACUGCAUUCUGAUCAUGUAGUCAGCUAUUUCAAGGAAAAAGCAGCUCCAAGGAAGGAAAAUACAAUGGUGUUCAAUAGUGAAUAAUUAUUUAAAACUAUUUAACCAGAAAGGGGCAUAGGGUUAGAAAGCCAUCCACUAAAAUGUGAAUAAUAUUUUUCUGUUUGAAAACAGAGUUGCUGGUCAAUUGUCAUUAAGAAGGGGCAUUUUAAAACAUCUAUGAUCGGAGCUAGUCAGAACCACCGGUCCCCUGUUCAUUCAAUUUCUAUUGAAUGUUAAUACGUUUCAGAGUCCUUUGACAUGAGGGUAAUUGCCAUACUACAUUUCUAAAUGAAUAGCCAAUACCUUUUAUAGUUUCCACCCAUAGCAAAAUGACAUUUAGAAAGCUGGCUCUGUUUUGGAUGGAAAAGAGACAACAGGGCUGUGUUCAGCAGGGCACCAUGUUGUGGAACACUCAGACAGAAAUACAUAAUGUAGAACAAACAUGUCACUCUGAAAUGUAAGCUCUAUUCAUGCCAUUUCUAUCUGCAACGUUCCACAUUUGCCUACCUAACAUAGCCCAGGACAAGGUACUGUACACUGAUGGCUGAAUGUAAUGUAACUGUUGUAUCUGUGGUCUGAAGGGUUGGGCUCAAUUACAUUUCAAUUCAGUCAAUGCCGGAAGUAAACAAAACAUUUUCUCAAUGCUUUUUAAUGGAAAACAAAUGGAAUUAUGAAUUUCAGUUUGAAUUUAAAUGGAAUUUGCGACAAUUCUGGUGAUCUGACCGCUGCCUGCUUCAGUCUGUUUUUAAAGUCAUGUUGUCAUUUGAUCUUCUGUUUCACCGCUGCGCUGUAUAAAUGUCUUCUUGUUUUGAUGUAUAUAUUAAAACAGGGGUAGGAAACCCUGUUCUUGGUGUGCCGCAGGUACAGCAGGAUUUUGAUCCAUCUAGGCACCACGCUGGACCAACUGAGCUUAUUGAUCAGUUCAGUUAUUGCCUAAAUUCAACACACCUGGUCUUCCAGGUUGGUUAAAUCCAAAACAUGAAGUGCCUGUGGCACACCAGGACCAGAGUUGCCUACCCCUGUAAUAAAGAGGUUUUGUACAUUAUUAUUGAAUUAUUGACUUUAAGUCGUAAUAAAUGUUUUGGACUUGUUGACGCAUUGA